AUGAGCGGCUCAUUGCGACCCGGUGAGUUCCGCGGGCUUCCGUCGAGUCUUGUGCGCGGUGGGGUCCUGCCGAUGUGCGUUGCAGGCGUUCUCUUGUGUGCCAUCGCCACCGCCACCCUUGGAAUGAUGACCGCCAUCUCGAACGACUACAUCGUGCUCUCGACCGCGACAAAUGUUUGGUAUGCGCCUACACAAAACGGCACCGUGGCCCCACAGCAGCAGCAGCCGAUACUGUUGAUUCCGCAAUUUAACGCCAAGUUGGGUCUGCUUUAUUUUAUGGUUGGGACGUCUUCCUUCUCCCGGGAGAAGUGGAAUUUGCUUCCAAUGUCCCCGCUGCAAGAUUCGUCCAUUGCGGUGGAUCCGCUUCUUCCAAUGGAGGUUCGAAACGCAUACGUCAAGGCGCGGAGUGAUGCCCUUGAGUUUGGCUACGCCGCAUCGGAAUCAUGUGGAGGUGAUUCCGCCGUGGCAAUCAUGUCGAGGUGUAAGUUCGUUGUUGUGGCGAUAUCUUUUGGGAUAGUAUGCUCGGCUGGCACCGUGGUCGUGGCUGCUUUGCUAUUCGUAUUCAUCACAGAGGCAUUUACAUUCUCGGUUGAAAACACAACUAUGAUCCAUGGGAUCUGGGAAGUGAAGUUCAAAAACAAACACGGCAAAUUGAAAGAGCCAAUGAAGUUGUUGUCUGAGCACAAGCGACGGGAGCGCAACUUCGUAAUCGCACUGAGUGUGAUUAUUUUCAUAGGAACUGUUUUUUUCAUCAUUGCAGCAUGUAUGGUACGGGACUUGCAUUUCCAUAGGCUGAAAUGCCGUAUAUCAUUCUGUGAGGCACACCAUGCAGCCAUGCAGAAACUGUUCGACCUUCUUCCAGGUAGUGAGUAUAGCACCUCUUGUAAAACGGGAUACUCCUUUAAGGCUCUUACUGCAGCAACAAUACUCUCCGCUAUGGCAUGUGUAUUUUCAUUUGCUGCAGUAUGUACGCAUUGUAUGCUGAGCCGUGUCUACGUGAAGGUUACGUGCCCCACGGGUGGCUAUGGUGAAGCCCUUAAAAGGGACGACACCAGUAAUCCAAUGGAGCUGUUUUCGGAGAUCAAAGGCAAGAUGAAUUUGGACAAUACAUUCCAAGACUUGGCCGGCCCAAGCACUGUCCCUGACUUUCGUGAGACAAUAGUGGGUGGUUGCUACGGAGAUGAGCGAGGUCAAUCUGACAUGGAAUGCACUGGAGAAGCGCCACAAGGGGAAAUAUCGAAUGGUGAUAGCCAGCGGAUCAUGCCCGAAAAGGAUCCUCACGCUCUUGUUUUGUUGGAGAAUACGAGGCGCACAACCCUCUGCAGGGAACAAGAGUUAGACUUCUCCGCUAACGUCCGUUGGGUCAAACGAAAACUUUGGCAAGGAGAGUAUGCAUGCUUGCUGCACCAGAGGUCCCUUGACUGGUUCUUUGGUCCCAUUUUGGACCUCCACGUGGAAGAGACAUUUUGCCGUCAGAAACUGGUACACUCAUAUUGUUCUAGGCUGCUGGGGAAAUUGGAAAGACUAAAGAAGGAAUCAGAAAGUUGUGAAGAUGUUCUGAAGCGUAUUGAGGCGGCAACAGAUGUGGUGCGGUUGAACGAACAUGAUUUACUGGGAUGUGUCUCCCACUAUGCAGUGGACGAUGAUAUUUACCAUUGCAAACCUGCAAUAGACACAUGGCCAAGCACCACGGAUCAUCCCCAGUGUGAAGCAAUGCCGGUGGUAACACCCCCUAUCACACCCGAUUCAGUGCGCUUCUCAAGGCGCACUUGUUCAACAUACUCAACGGCUUCUGUAAAUGUAUCAUCUUCUGAUUCGCUUAUCGAUGAUGCCUUGACACGGAGGCCAGACGAUUUUACCACACAACGUGUUCGAUGCGGAAAUAUAGGAGGUAUGGCCGACAACUACUUUGAAAGGAAGUAUGCAGAGCUCAUACGAAAAGCCAGCAGACCGAGUAGCUUGCAGCAUGACAAAUUAUUGGAUGUGGUGCGUGGACAGAUGAUGUUCGAAAAUGUUUCUGCUGGUAUUUUGAAUGGGAAAGAUGGUUUAGGGUACAACUCGGUGCGCUAA